AUGCCUCGCCCGGCCAAGAAGGCCGACGACAGGGCCAAGGUCCCCGUCGUCGCCGCUCCUGUGCCCACGAUGGUGCCGCCGCCUCCCGCGGGCGCGAUUCCGCCUCCCCCAGUGCCCGGCGGCCCUCACAUGGCCAUGCCGACGCGUGUUGUCGAUACCGACAACUUCCUGCGCGUCCGCGACUCGGCCGUUGGUCGCCUUGGUACCAUCAUGGAGCUCCUGCGCUCCUUCACCGCCGACUAUGUGCGCCAGACCAACCUGCUCAUGGGCGAGCCCACGGCCGAGUCUGGCCACGGCGACCUGCUCAACUCGUUUGAAAACGCCGCCGCUCAGCUCAUAAUGCCCGUCCCGGAGCUGGCGCCGCCUGUCGAGGAGAAGAAGGAACGCAAGAAACGCACUCACGACCCCAACGCCCCCAAGCGACCCCUGACGCCCUACUUCCUCUACAUGCAGCAUGCCCGGUCCAUCAUCGCCAACGACCUUGGAGCCGAGGCCCCUAAGGGCGCUGUCCAGGAAGAGGGUCAGCGGCGCUGGGCCCACAUGAGCCCCAAUGAGAAGCGGGGCUGGAACGGUGCCUACCAGUACAACCUGCGCCUGUAUAAUGCGCGCGUUCACUCGUACAAGGCUGGCAACCCCAUCGCCAAGGACAUGAGUGACGAGGAGGCGCUCAAGUACGCAGAUGACUUUAGCAUUGCCAUGGCCGAGAAUGAAUCCAAGGACGCCCCGGUCGAGACCCCGCCCAAUGACCACGACGCCAUCGCUGAGCAGUUGCAGCAGCAGCAGCAGGUCGAGGGCGAGGCCAAGACGCCCAAGAAGACGGGUGGCGGCCGCAAGCGUAAGACGGCGACCCCGGCCGCCGAGCCGGUCCCCGUCGAGCCCGCAAAGGGGACGCCGGCCAGUCCCGACAAGAAGCGGAGACGCACCUCUACCAAGGCCGCCGAAGAGCGGCUGGAAGAGCCCAAGAAGUCGGGCCGUAAGAAGACUAAGAGCUCUUAG